AUGUCAACUUCGAAGCCAACCGUGCGCGAACCUUUGAACACACGCCAACGAACUAUUCUUAUCACGUUCUACAAUCAAAAUCCAUAUCCAUCAGCAAGUGAACGUUAUCAACUUGCGCAAAGCACUGGUCGAACCUUGAAACAAAUCCAAGACUGGUUUUCAAAUCGUCGACGUAAUGAUUCGAAACUAGCAUCGGGCAAAACAGCAUCGGUUGCAAUGCCUCCUCUUCCUGUUCAACCACCGGCACCGAUACAAACAGUUUAUUAUUACCCGCCGCCACCAUCGAUUUGUCCAUGUUGCUUUUCUAAUCCAACAGCUCCUUUACUCGAUCCACAAUCAUUUUAUUCUCCAUGUUCAACAUAUUAUUAUUCUCCAUCGGACACGUUUCACUAA